ACUCAUCGUUCGUAGAAAUCAGUCAUUCUCCAUCCAUGAAACCAGAAAAGAAGACAUCGUUAUUAUUGGCUCUAUUAAAAAAGGGGUGAAGAUGAGUUUCUAGUCGGUAAACGACUUUGCACACGCAAGUGUGCCAUCACAUCAUAAUAACCAUGGGGGCCGACAUGGCGUUCAACAAAAGCGACGUCGCUAAGACGACUCAAAUUCCUUAUAAUAAUCCAAGCAUAUCUUUUGAUCGGAUAAAUACCAACAAUGUCUACCGAUCAAUAUCAGAAAAUCUGGGUAUUGAAGGCGGAGCCCUCAUCACCGGCUUCACCCAAUUCCCGUGUUUCGCCCAUUGAAACUUCUACCCCUGACAUUUUCAAUGAUUGGCUGAGCUUUGAUAGCAUCGAAAAUCUCAGCAACAAUGGGGAAGAGGUCAUGUACGAGGAAGAGGCGGAAAAGGAGGACGAGAAAACAUCACGAGCGCAAGUGGCUACUAAACUCUUAGAACAACUGGAAGAAUUUAUCAAAGAAGAACCCUCUGCUGACUGGCUUGAAGAGAAAACUGAUCUACCAAUAUUCGAAGAACUAUCACCUUUGGACUAUGGGAUCAGCCAGCCCAUCCUACCAUCAGGUACAAUAAAGUUGCAAACGCAGUUGCAGCAACAAGAAACAACUCGGACCCUACUACAGGAAUUUGAAAGUGUACUGGGUGAUGUAGAGGCCUGUUACCAAGCUCCUGUCACAGCAUUGACUCCACCACAGUCACCUCCUGCUAAAUUCUACAACACAACAAAUUCCAAAAUACUGAUAUCUGUAUCACCAACUUUUCAAACUCAGGGCGUUUCUGUGGUCAAACCCGAGGACCAAUUUCAAGAAAUUCCAUCCUUACCCAGUGUCGCCCCAUUGUCGCAAUGGGGUGCUGAGAACAUCUCUCUUGAACCACUGGGGGACGUCGCAAGCGAAUUGGCAGCAGUCGACGAAAUAGUUCGCUCAUGUGCCAAGAAUAUAUCAUCAUCAAGUCUAUCCACUAGCUCUGACACGAGUUGUGUAUCUUUUGAGGAGGAUUCCAAUGAUGAUCCAUUGUGGACACCCGAAGCUACACCUUCUACCACGUCAACACCUGUUGUGUCGAAGAAUCGUUAUCGCAAACCUUACUCCCGUCCACCGUCAGAUGAUAGAAAGGUCCGCAAAAAAGAGCAGAAUAAGAACGCAGCAACUCGUUACAGACAAAAGAAAAAGCAAGAAAUAAAAGAGAUCGUGGGGGAGGUACAGGAGCUGACUAAUUACAAUGAGAAACUGCAGGGCCAAGUUGGUGAUCUUCAGCGGGAGAUUCGUUGCCUCAAGGGGCUGAUGAGGGACCUAUUCAAAGCCAAGGGACUUAUGAAAUAAUUUCUUCGAUCACUCUUGUAUACGAUCGUUGCUUUUACACACACACACACACACAUGUAUAUAUACAUAUAUGUAUAUAUAUAUAUAUAUAUAUAUUAUACUAGUAGUUGGUACUUAACAACCUUAUUCCUUAUUUUACGCGGUACCUAGUUUCGGCAUCGCGAUUUGUAACUAACACUCAUUCAAAUACUCGUACGUUAUCACAAAUGUAUAAUUAUGCAUGUUAUAUACCUAAAGAGAGCGAACGGCCACUUGCUGCUUCCUCAUCGGUCGACUUGACCAUAAGUGGGUUGCCUUGGAUUAUAUUAGAUAUCCUAAACUUUAUGUACGUCAUCAGAUUGUUCAAUAUCCGAAAAAAAAUCGUAAAAAGGUAGAUUGUAGGAGGAGAGCAGCCCUAUGAAGCUCACCUGAGUGGAACUCUGCUGUCUCCCAAUACGAUCGUCUUUUUUAUUUAUUUAUUAAUUUUUUUAACAAACAAAUUUUAGCAUGAAUCUCAACUUGAUGCAUGUCCGUUGUUCAAGUAGAGAUUGUCAAAAUAUUAUUUUCAUAUAUUAUAGACAUGUCUGUAUACCGGAAGAAUAAAUAAUUUUACCGAUA